GGCGGGACCGUGGGGGGCGACGGCGGAAGGGGCCCCGUGCCCGGGUUGACAGGGGUCUGGGGGCGCGCCUGGCCUGGGCCGUCCGGUUACCUGGGACCCCGACCCUGGAAACGGGGCUCGGGGCGCCACGGGUCCCGGGCGAGGGGCUGCAGGGUCUCUCGGUCCUUCCUGCCGCCGCGCGCCCGCUCCCCCCAGUCUCCCCCGCCCCGGGUAUUGACCGGUGCCCAUUGUCAGCAAGUUACUCGUCCCCCGCGUCUUUCAGGUGAGAAAACCAUGAGUCCAGUGAGGUUACAUGGCCAGCCCAGGUUCAUACAAGUUCAGUGAAAGGGAAACCAAGGAUUUUUACCAGAUUCAUACUGAUGAGAGAGCCAUCUGGUAACCAGAUAUUGAUGUGUCAAGAGUAAUUCUAAUAGUGUCCCUUCACCGAGAUGGGCGCCCUUUUCCUCAGCCUCUCUGGUCCAGGCCUCCACAGUCAGAAUGGAAACAGACUGUAAUCCCAUGGAGCUGAGCAGUAUGUCCGGGUUUGAAGAAGAUGCAGAUCUUAAUGGUUUUGAAGAAACUGAUAUGAAAGACAUGAAGCUAGAAGCCGAAGCAGUUGUGAAUGACGUCCUCUUUGCUGUUAACAACAUGUUUGUCUCAAAAAACCUGCGCUGUGCCGAUGAUGUGGCCUAUAUCAAUGUGGAAACGAGAGAGAGGAACAGAUACUGCCUGGAGCUCACCGAAGCAGGGCUAAGGGUGGUGGGUUAUGCUUUUGACCAAGUGGAUGGUCACUUACGCACUCCUUACCAUGAAACCGUCUACUCGCUGCUGGAUACUCUCAGCCCUGCCUACCGGGAAGCAUUUGGAAACGCACUCCUUCAAAGACUGGAAGCUUUGAAGAGGGAUGGAUAGUCGUGACUACGCUUCUUCCUUCUAGAGGGAGCUGCUGCUGGUACAAAAUGUUGACAUAAAGCUUGAAAUACUUGCAUAUGGUCAUAGUAGAAAAUGCAGCUUUGGUUUUAUGUCCGUUUCUUGCUUCAAGUUUAGGCUUCUGACUCAGAACAUUACUGAUGAUUGAGUUGUCUGCAUUUCAAAAACCUAAUCAGUAUUUCAUUCUGCUAUUACAGGACUUUGAGGCUGCCAGCACUCUCUCUUACAUAGGAAAUUCUAGAUUUGCACAGUAAUAUACAGGAAUUAAAAUGACCUAACUUCAAACUUGGAUUCAGCUUGCUAAAUCAGGGGUUUACUACUAGCUAGGACUGACUUUGUAGUAAUUAUUUUGCUACUAGCCUUAUUGGAAACAAAUUAUCGACUAGUUUCCCCUGCACAAAUUUUGAAAUUCACUGCUACACUUAAUCUAUUUAUACUACUAAUAUGGACUGAUAAAGAUGAAUUAAUUCUAUAUAUUGCUUAGCUAGUAUUAAAUGGAAAACAGGUACUGAAAUAAUAGUUCUGUAUUCCUCGUUUGCAACAGCCAGCCAGCUAAGAGGACAAACCGUUAGCAAAUGAAUGUAAUAAUUACUUGUUUCCAAGAUAUUUAAGCACAUAAGCAAAUAUAGAAACAGGCUCCACUUUUCCUAAUGAAAAGCAUCUUCAGUGUGUGUGUGAUUUAAGAGGAAGACGAUUCUGAUUUCCUAGAAAACAAUAUUUUGGCCUGUGUUGAUUCUUAUUAUGAAUGUUUGUUUACAUAAUGUACAGUCUAUAUUCAGAAAGUAUUUUUGCUUCAAUGUUUCCUUUCUAUAAUGUGCUUUGGUAUUCCCAUAGCGACCCUCCUUCCCUAACAGAUGCACAGUGUUCUGUCUCGAUGCUAACUCUGCAAUGUAAUAUGCAUGCAUUGUAUGGGUUUGAAACCAAAGGAUGAAUGAAGCAUUCAGAGACGUAAUAUUUGAAAAAGGGAGACUCUGUUUUUAUAUUUUAUUACAGGUACUAAUAUUUAUAAAAAUGAAUUGUACCAUGCUGCUACAUGUUUUCAAGUACAUAUUGAAUACUGAAGAUUGGGGAGUCGAUUUUUUAGUAGUAAUCUAAAGAAGCAGCUGUAGAAAUGUUGAAGUAAAAUUCAGCAUCGAGACACACCUUCAUAAUUUGUCAUUUGCAGACUUUUUUUUAAUCAUUAUUAAGUAAUAGGUACUUCUAGGCUCUGAAGAUCAUGUAGACCAGAUUGAGGUUGGGUUUGGGUCAAUAUUUGCCAUCGGAGUUCAUCGGGAUGCUUUAACUAUGUUCGGUAAAUGCAUGUCCAUUCACAGCUUUAUUUUCAGAUGCUAACUGUUUGGGCAGUGAAGUCAACCUGCAGGUCAGAUUUUCUCAUGCUUAAUCUCAGGCGAAAUAAAUGUAAAGGAUAUUUGUAAAGUUUGAAUAAAAUUCUGUUGACUCAUUUCGAGUUAAGUAUGAAGAAAAGUGAUUGUAUGUUCAAAAAUUGACAUUGUUCAUUUUGUGAUAAAUGACUGGUUCCAGGA